GACGCAGAAGCUGCCCGUUGGUUUUUUCACUUGACCUCCCUCCACCUCCCGCUUCUUCUGAACAUUCGAAAAAUCAAUUUAUAUAACAAAGCUCUCAGAUUAGGGCUCCUCUCUCUGUCUCUCUCUCGCGCUCUCUCUCUUUCUCUUUCAUUUCUACUGACAGGCUAGAGAGAGCAAAACCCUAGACGGGUGGUUCAAAGUUUCUGUGGUUCAUCCGAUUUCUACGCGGAGUGUGAAAGAAAUGGCUGUUGAGAUCACUCAAUUUCUAUUGUAUGCUCAAUCGGCGGAUGCAAAGAUCCGGACUGAAGCAGAGAGUAAUCUUAGGCAGUUCCAAGAACAAAAUCUACCUGCUUUCCUCCUGUCCUUGUCAGUAGAACUCUCAAAUAAUGAGAAACCAACUGAGUCCCGUAGAUUGGCUGGUAUUGUGCUUAAGAAUUCUCUAGAUGCUAAAGAUGCUGCUAGAAAGGAACAUCUUGUUCAACAAUGGGUGGCAAUGGACAUUUCCAUCAAAUCCCAAAUUAAAGAUUUGCUUUUAAGGACCCUUGGGUCAUCUGUGACUGAGGCAAGUCACACUUCUGCCCAAGUAAUUGCAAAGAUUGCUUCAAUUGAGAUCCCCCGGAAGGAGUGGCCUGAACUAAUUGGGUCUUUGCUUGUCAAUAUGACCCAGCAAGAUAGGCCUGCAGCACUCAAACAAGCAACCUUGGAAACACUUGGGUAUGUAUGUGAAGAAAUAUCACACCAAGAUCUUGUGCAGGAUGAAGUGAACUCUGUUCUGACUGCUGUAGUCCAAGGCAUGAACCUUGCAGAGCAUAGCUCUGAAGUACGCCUUGCAGCCACAAGGGCUUUAUAUAAUGCCCUUGAUUUUGCGCAGACCAACUUUGAGAAUGAAAUGGAGCGGAAUUACAUCAUGAAGGUGGUUUGUGAAACAGCCAUGUCUAAAGAGGCAGAGAUUAGACAGUCUGCUUUUGAAUGUCUCGUUUCGAUAGCCUCUAUGUAUUACGAGGUGCUUGAUCCUUACAUGCAGACACUCUUUGAGCUUACGUUAAAGACUGUUAGAGGAGACGAAGAGGCCGUUGCCCUUCAAGCAAUUGAAUUCUGGAGCUCCAUCUGUGAUGAAGAGAUAGAGCUUCAGGAGUAUGAGAGUGCAGAGAGUGGUGAUUCUGGUCCUCAUCAUUCUCACUUCAUAGAAAAGGCUUUGUCAUCUUUAGUUCCAAUGUUGCUAGAUACUUUACUGAAGCAGGAAGACGAUCAGGACCAGGAUGAUGGUGUUUGGAAUUUAUCCAUGGCUGGUGGGACAUGUCUAGGCCUUGUUGCCAGAACGGUUGGGGAUGCUAUUGUGCCCCUUGUAAUGCCUUUUGUGGAGGCUAACAUAUUGAAACCGGAAUGGCGUUGUCGUGAGGCUGCUACAUAUGCUUUUGGCUCAAUCCUUGAGGGCCCAACCAUUGAGAAGCUCUCUCCAUUAGUCUAUGCAGGUUUGGAUUUUCUGCUGAAUGCGAUGAGGGAUGAAAACCGCCAUGUGAAGGACACAACCGCAUGGACUCUGAGUCGUAUCUUUGAAUUAUUGCACUCUCCAGGCAGUGGAUUUUCUGUGAUUUCUCCUGCUAAUAUCCAACGGGUUUUAGGGGUACUGUUGGAGAGUGUUAAGGAUGCUCCAAAUGUAGCUGAGAAGGUUUGUGGAGCAAUCUAUUACCUUGCCCAGGGAUAUGAGGAUGCUGGAACAAACUCCUCUCUUCUCUCUCCAUACCUCCCACAAAUAAUCUCUUCUCUCAUUGAAACUGCUGAGCGCACAGAUGGUGGUGACUCAAAACUGAGGUCCUCUGCAUAUGAAACCUUGAACGAGGUGGUUAGGUGCUCAAAUAUUGUGGAAACAUCUCACAUCAUAGCACAGCUCCUCCCUGUAAUUAUGAAUAAGUUGGGCCAGACUGUAGAGCAUCAGAUUAUGUCAUCAGAUGAUAGGGAAAAGCAAGGAGAUUUGCAAGCUCUUCUCUGUGGUGUUCUCCAGGUUAUCAUCCAAAAACUGAGCAAUACUGAUGAUACCAAGCCCAUUAUACUCCAGGCUGCAGAUCAGAUUAUGAUUUUGUUCCUCAAGGUUUUUGCUUGCCGUAGCUCCACAGUGCAUGAGGAAGCGAUGCUUGCAAUCGGUGCACUAGCUUAUGCGACUGGACCAAAGUUUGGGAAAUAUAUGGUUGAAUUUCACAAGUAUCUGGAGAUGGGUUUGCAAAAUUUUGAGGAAUACCAGGUUUGUGCCAUCACAGUUGGGGUGGUUGGUGAUGUUUGUCGUGCUAUAGAUGAGGAUAUUUUGCCAUACUGUGAUGGGAUUAUGUCCCAUCUUGUCAAAGAUCUUGCCAGUGGUGAACUACACCGGUCUGUCAAGCCUGCCAUAUUCUCCUGCUUUGGUGACAUUGCUCUAGCAAUAGGAGCACAUUUUGAGAAUUACCUCCAUGUUGCAAUACAAAUGAUGCAGGGAGCUGCUGGGCUUUGUUCUCAGAUGGACACCAAUGAUGAGGAGAUGGUGGAAUAUGGCAACCAGCUCAGGCGUAGCAUAUUUGAAGCUUAUUCUGGUAUUCUUCAGGGAUUCAAGAAUUCUAAGCCCGAGCUGAUGUUGCCUCAUGCUGAAAAGCUUUUGCAAUUCAUUGAAUUGGUCUCCAGAGACAGGCACAGGGAGGAGAGUGUGACAAAAGCUGCAGUUGCAGUGAUGGGUGAUCUCGCAGACACACUUGGUUCAAAUAUGAAGAUACUUUUCAAAGACCGUACAUUCUGUGCAGAUUUUUUGGGUGAGUGCCUUGAAUCAGAUGAUGAACAGCUCAAGGAGACUGCAACCUGGACCCAGGGGAUGAUUGGACGAGUUUUGGUUUCAUGAGGUGAAGCAAUUCCAUUUGUUACCGAAAUAGUUAUAACCUUGGUGAUUGUUAUUUCUUUAGAUGGGCCUUCCUUUUUUGUAGUUUCUAGUAAGGGUCAAGGGUUGUGGGGUGCUCUGGAAAAGUAAGGUCAUGUAUCCAAGUGUCCUUUGUAUUGCCAGUAUAAAUUCUGAAUCUGCGGAUAUUUUAUGAUCUUUCUAUGGGGUAGGAAAGGUCCUUGUUAGAGUGCAAGCAUCAAUUGAGGCCAGCUACUGCCUUGUAGAACUUUGUUUAGUUUAAUGCAUCCACUAAUCAGUGGUUUCUUGAGUCA